AUGAUGGUACGUCGAAGUGGACGAUACACUGUUAACUGGAGAGGAUUCAGAGACUACGUUAACAAUAAACCACCCGAUGACGAAAAGCCGGAAGAACAACCUGAGGAUUUAUCAAACCAUGAAGUGAUCUUUUUGAAAAGUAUUGUUGAAAGUCCAGACUUUUGCAGAAAAUCUGUCUCGAUAAACUCUGAGGAGGAUUUGUAUGUGAAACCUGUCUCCUUGGAUAAUGUAAACAUAAUAAGAAGUUUGAGCGAGUAUCGAGGCAACAACAUACGUACUAUCGAACAAGCAGAACUAGCUAUAUUGCUGUCUCGAGUACACUUUAAGGCGCUGAUUUCUGCUCAUGAUCAAAUUGGAAAGAUUUGGCUGGAACGAGGCUCGGGUGUAGAUGAGAUAACAGUAGUGAAAGAAGCGGAAAAAGACAUUGCACAAGCAACAGAUUUGAGUCCCACUCAAAAUCCAAAUAUGCCUGUCGAAACUGUGAAGGUUGUGGGUCUUAGGAAAGUACCUGGCCAACCAUUAGGAUUAACUGUAACAACUGAUGAACAUGGGCAGUUGAUUGUUGCUAGAAUUCUUGCCGGCAGUGCCGCUGCUAAACAAGCUCUAUUAACUGUUGGAGAUGUUCUGCUUGAAGUUGAUGGAGUCCAAAUAGAUACAGAGGAACAGCUCAAAGAAGCUGUUUCAAAGCCCAACGACAGAGUCACUCUUAAAGUGGGACCAAACCUUAAAGAAAAGAAUGCUCAAUUACCUAAUAAACUUAGUUGUUACAUGAGAGCUCUGUUUGAUUACAACCCAUCAGAGGACACUUUGUUACCGUGCAAAGAAAUUGGCUUAGAAUUCAAAAAGGGUGAUAUUUUACAAGUUUCAGAUAGAAAAGAUCCCAAUUGGUGGCAAGCAAGUCAUGUAGAGAAACCGGAGGAAGUUGGCUUAAUACCCUCACCGGAGCUGGAAGAGAGGCGUAAGGCUUAUGUGCCACCGGAAGCAGAUUUUGUUCACAAAAUUAGUAUAUGUGGAGCGAGGAUAUCAAAGAAGAAAAAGAAGUUCGUAUACGAGUCUCGGUCGAGUGUUCAGUUGGAGGGAGCUGAGUUGACGUUGUAUGAGGAAGUGGCUCGAACUCCGCCCUUCCUAAGACGAGUACUGGCGCUAGUGGGCACCCGGGGAGUGGGGCGAAGGACUCUUAAGAACAGGCUCAUACAGGAACAACCUGAUAGAUUCGGAGCUGUUGUUCCUCAUACAUCUCGUCCACCUCGUCCAUUAGAAGAGAACGGUUUGUCGUACUGGUUCGUGUCUCGAGAGGAGAUGGAACGUGACGCUCACGCCGGUCGCUUCCUUGAAUACGGAGAACACAAUGGACACUUGUACGGAACACAUUUAGACUCCAUUAGAGCUGUUAUCAAAGAAGGUAAAAUGUGCAUUUUGGAUUGUGCGCCACAGUCGCUGAAGCUUUUACACAACAGUAGUGAGUUCCUGCCAUAUGUUGUGAUGAUCGCCUCCCCUGGCAUAGAACAACUUAGGAACCUGACAUAUGCCUCCAAUAGAAACCUUACGUUCGACCGGCAGAGCUCCAUCCGCUACAGUUCGCGCCGAGCGCGCACGUUGGAGUCGCUAGCGUCGCUAUAUGAGGAGGAAGAUUUAAAACAGACACUAGAGGAGAGCGCGCGCAUUCAGCGACAAUACGAAAAGUACAUUGAUCUCAGUUUGACCAACCAUAAUGCUGACACAACGUACGCUAGACUUUUAGACGCGCUGCACGCCCUAGCCACCGACCACCAGUGGGUACCUGUUACAUGGAUUUACUGA